AUGGUUGCAACGUCGAUAAACUACUUUUACAAAAAUGUUCACGAUCAGAAUUCAGUCGAUGAUAUAUUGUAUGGUUAUGACGUUUUGUUUGAAAAUGAGUAUUUGUUUACCGCUUCAUCCUGCUUAGGCGUACAAUAUCAGUCAAUUCCAAAUGAUGCAAUGGUUUUUCAACAAUUAAUCUGGAGAAUCAAACCCGAUCUGAUCAUUGACUUAGGAACGAACGUUGGUGGUUCUGCAGUAUUCUUUGCAUCGAUCAUGCCAUUUUAUAGUGAUGUUGGGAUCGUUCUGACGAUUGAUCGCGAAUCGUUCACAAUGGAUUGGGUUCCCGAUAGAAGAACGUUAUGUAAAGAUUGCGUCAAUGCAACCGAUAAUAAACUAUGGAAAAAAUAUGUUCAUUUCAUUCAAGGAUCGACAAAUGAUGUUAGUGUAUUAGCGGAAGUUAAAAAGUACGCAGCGAACGGGAGAACUGUGUUUAUAAGUCACGAUGCUGCUCAUGACUGCGAUUCAGUUUAUGAAGAUUUAAUAAAUUAUACUGAAUUCUUUAGUAUUAAUUCGUAUAUGGUAGUACAAGACACGAAGUUAGAUCGAAUGAAGAUUCCCUCCAGAGGUCCAUUAGCUGUUGUAAGAAAAUUCUUGGACUAUUAA